CAGCACUUUACGGCAGCAGGGAAACUGAGGAGAAAGCAGCGACAAGACGUCGUUCCCUCCGCUAGCCUCGGGUUUACGCGAUAUAUUCGUUGAAUUAACGUGUUUAUUUGAUUGCAUACACUUCAACCUCGUGGAUGAGAUCGUGUUCGACGUGUUUUCAAAGCGUUAAUCUCCACAUUUAAUGCGGGGGGAUGGCCACAGUGCCGCCCGGGCCUAGUAGCGCACUGUCCCCGGCUGAGAGUGCUCCGUUCCCCCGGGCCGGGAGCGCGGAGGAGCCGGCAGGAGGAAGAGGAGGAGGAGGAGGAGAGCACCACCGUGUGCAGGAGCAGGUGAGCGACGUGAUUAACUCUGGGAAUAAGAAGCAGAAAAGCAUGCUUGUUAGGGGAAGCCAGGCGGCCAUGCACAUCAAAAUGCAAGCCCGGGAGCAGCAGCAGAUGAACGGCGUGGUCAACCCGGGAGAGGACGCUGACCGCCGGCCUGACGACCAGAGAGACACCGUGGGGAGCUGUGAGGAGGCUCCGGCUGCAAGACAACACAGUGAGCACUCCCAACAUGAAGGCCACAGCACCCCCUUCUGCAAAAACGGCAGUCACUCUCCUUUAGGUGGCAGCAGCAUGAACGGAGAGGAGUUUGACCCCGCUGACCCCGCUGACCUGCAGCCUCCGGACGCAGAGAUGGCCCGGCUCGACCUCAGCGGCUCUCCAGACGGCCACGGCAUCCGCUAUGUGCGCUACGAGUCCGAGCUGCAGAUGCCCUGGAUCAUGAGGCUGAUCACCAAGGACUUGUCUGAGCCUUAUUCCAUUUACACCUACAGGUACUUCAUCCACAACUGGCCGCAGCUCUGCUUUCUGGCCAUGGUGGAGCAGGAGUGUGUCGGAGCCAUCGUAUGUAAGCUUGACAUGCACAAGAAGAUGUUCCGUCGCGGCUACAUCGCCAUGCUGGCCGUGGACUCGAAACACAGAAGGAAAAGCAUCGGUACUAAUCUGGUGAAGAAGGCCAUCUAUGCCAUGGUGGAGGGUGACUGUGACGAGGUUGUUCUGGAGACCGAAAUCACCAACAAAUCAGCCCUGAAGCUGUACGAGAACUUGGGUUUUGUCAGAGACAAGCGGCUGUUCAGAUACUACCUGAACGGAGUGGACGCGCUGCGGCUCAAACUGUGGCUCCGCUAGAGGAAAAGAAGAGGGGACGGGUGGGGGACGGGACAGCGGGUGCUGUCCGCCUCGUACGCUAUCGGCUCGACGGGCCUCAGCUCGGCACCUGGUCAUUUCACUCUUAACAUACACACAUUCACACGACACACACAAACACACAGAGUACAAACAUAAGGAGUAUGCAUCGACACGCAAAACCCUCUUUUUGUCCCUGAACCUCUGAAGAACCGAUGUUUAGGCAGAAACGGACCCACGUCCCACCUGAUGUUCUCCUGAAGGGGCCCCUGAUACUUUCUGUGACCAGGAGGGGGAGUGAGGGUGGUCUCUGGGAUGACCUUGGCUGGGCACUAGAUGACCUCUUGACCUUCCAGCUCAGAUGCCGCAUUGAAACCGGUGGAAGCGAGGUUUGAGGACGUGCGUUCGAAACCCCAGAAGUCAUGGCACCACACCGAAUCCUCCUGCAGAACAUGGGACAAAAAACGGACUUUAAGAAAAUCAGCAACACGUGAAACAAUGAAGCGGGGCAGUUUAAAAAAAAAAAAA